AGAUUUUGCAAGCAACCGCUACGUUUGUCUGACUUAGAGCAAAAGCGCCGGUUGGUAAACAAAGAGUUGUAUAUUGAUUACAGAGUUAACCACGAACGAUUAAAUGUUUAGCAGGAGCGGACGAAACAACAGAGGUGGCCAAGUUUUCGAUGAAAAUGGCCAAGACAUGCCAAACCCGAAUCUUCUUAGCCCAAAUUCCUCGAUGAAAAGUCUUGACGUGUCGUCGGCUUCGGACAAUGAAUCGUGGGCGUCUGAAGAUUCUUAUCCCGAAGAGUUACCUUCUCCACCAAUUCAGUGGAAAUCUGAAAUUCCGUUGACACCUGAUCGUCGUCGAAGCUCGAUCAAAAAGCCACAAUUCCAGCUCGACCCCGUUGCUGUUCAGCUGAAUGAAUUCUACGAGAAUCGCGUCAGGAUAAGCUUGGAGCGUAAAGAAAUCUGCGAAGAAAUUGCCUACAACUCAGUGCAUAAAUGCCUGCGAAAAAUACAAAUGGUGGACAACAGAUUCCGCGCAAACAGUUUAGUGUCGCAAGGGAUCCCGUAUGACGGUCUGCAGGCAGAAGAACCCAUUCAGAUGGACAUGCUAGUGCAGCUGUCCCCGGGCUACAGCUCUGCAAUGUACACCGCAUGCGACGAACGCACGGGCGGUAUUCGCCUGCAGCCGAGCUCUGAAGACUACAGUGUUUGGGAAGACUGCAUCACCGCUAAUGGUUUUUUAUCAGCUGGAAAGAUCAACUCGCUUUUGCGACGGUACGUCAAAAAGGCGGUAAAGAUUUUGAACCUUCACAUUAAAGAUAAGCGCGCGGAAAAGCUUCCGAAGCAUCUGAGUAGCAUUGCAGUCGAGAAAGGCCCUGUAAUUCGAUUAACCAUCAACAAGGACAUUUCCGUUGAUAUUCUUCCCGCCUUCGUUAUCCCCGAUUCGCGGACCGAUCCUUCCCGCAGGGACUGUCCCUCAUCCUCUCACGCCGUCUGCAAGCCUUAUGUUCAAAACGAGAUGAUCUGGCGGCUGUCGUUCUACGUGGCGGAGAAAAAUCGUGUGCGUGCUCUUAGCGAUGGUUGUCGCGUUCAGCUCCUGCGGAUUCUAACGGAAAUCAGAGACAACGAGGAUCAGCUCAAAAAACUUUCAUCCUAUCAUGUCAAGACCCUUCUCUUUCACGAAUCCGACAAAUAUCCGGACUUUCACGAAUGGAGUGCCGACAAAAUCACACAGCGGUUUUUUGGCCUCUUGGAGCGCCUCAAGAAAGCGUUGAAGGACGGCAACCUACCACACUAUUACAUGCAGCCGCCAGAUUUUGAGCCGGUGAAUUUAUUCGCCGAUCUGGACGGCAAAACUUUGUCGGACAUGUUAGAUGUUGUUGAAGAUAUUAUGGCAAAUCCCUUGGACAUACUUAGCACUGUUGGACGAGAGAGAAGGCAGACGAUGUGGCCAUGGGAGAUGGGACUGUUUUUGCCUGCCGGACUGGCCUCGUAAAUCGG